AUGAAUGAAAAGCGUAAAAACAAAGACAUAAUCACAAUAUCUGGUACAAUAGAACCAGAUCGUGAGUUACUUCUUUGGGAGAAAUGGAUAAAAAUUCGCCAAGAAGAAACUAAAAAUUUGGCUACUAUGACCGGUAGGCCUCCUGUAGACCUUACAAUGAAUCUUUUAGAGGAUAUCCGUGAAGAUAAAGAAAGAAAAACUGCUCUAGAACAUGCUACAAUAGAACGUAAACCAUCUCUUCGAGGAGGAUUAUGGGAACAGCCUUUGAGGCUAAAACAACCAUGUUUCUGUAAGCCAGUUUAUGAAGUUAAAAGAACUCGUGCUGAAAUGGGCGCACCUCAGCCUAUAGAACAUAUAGGUGUUCCUAAAUAUAUCCAAGAGGUCGAAAAAGGAUUGUCUGGUAUACCUCAGCGUGAACCGUGUCCUCUACUCGACGCUGAAUACAUGCAUUAUAGAGACAAACGUGAAAAGGAAUUGGGUAAAAAAAUUAUGAAAAUUGACGCUUUCAGGCCCGAUAUUAGCGAAUUGAUUAUACGUGGAGCUAAACCUAAACCUCCGAGGAAAAAAUUACCUCCUCUACCUACAAUUACAUUUAACGAAUAUUUCGCUGCACCCCAGUUAGUAUCAGUUUAUGCCAUAAGGAUCAACAACACUGUAAUCUAUAAAGACAUUCCUGAUCAAAUUUUAACAAUAUUGGACAAUAUGAAAAAAGAGCUAUGGCAUGAAAAUUGUACUUCGUGGACAUAUUAUUUCAAAGUUCCUAUCAAAAGGGCUGGAAGAUCUAAACUUUAUCUAGAAAAUCUUGGAACAGUAACUCUCAGAUAUUGUUGGAGAAAAUUAAGAAAAAAUAUUCCUUUUAUACCUGAAGAUAAUAAUGAUGAAGUAUUCUUUUUUAAUAAAAACGAAGAUGUUAUACCACCUGGACAAAGUAAGGUUUUAUGUUUUACUUUUAUUUCUGGUAAACCAGGUAUAUUCAGUGAGAGUUGGGAAUUGAGUUUCUGUAACAUAUGUUUUUUUGACACAUUGACUGAUAAGCUGAUUAUAAAUUUAAGUGGUGAUUCUGUUGAAGAUCUUAAUAGCGUAGUUAAAAAAGUAGAUGAACUUAAAAUUAGAAUAGAAAAGGAAACGAUUGCAAAUAUAGUAAGGGAUAUAAUAAAUGAUACAAUAAAUAAAUCUUUGACAGUUGAGCCUCAAAUAUAUCCCUAUAAGGAUAUACUUUUAGAGUCUGAAAUGUUCAUAAUGAAGAACCCUGUUUGUUUUUAUCAUCAAACGGAAGUGAUGAAAAUGAAAGACUUUUAUACAGAAUUGGCUCCUAACGAUACUUGGGAUUUAUCUAUUGGAACUUGGAGACAAAAAAUGAUGGAAAAAGAUUAUGACGAAAGAAUGAGAUAUUAUGAAAUUUUAAGGAACUCUCAUAGCGAACUCUUAAAACCGUGGUAUGAAGGAGAAAAUAUUUUAAAACAAAAAUAUCGAGCGAUGAAAUGGUUAUUAGGGAAAAUGGCUGACCAAUUCGACUUUGAGUAUGGACGUGCUUUAAUAAUGAGUGGCGUAAAACAAAAUUUACCGGACACGGAUGUUCCUUCUAGUAGAAGUAAUUCAUUAGUGAACUUAGAUCCGAAAAAAGUUAGUAUGAUGCGUAAUCUUUUUUAUUUGUAUUCUUAUGAACACGUUACGAAAACUAUUGAAACUUGCGCUGGUGUACUUAGUAGUAUUGAUUUAAAUAGAUGGAUCCAAUUUGAUUUUUGUCAAAUUUAG